AUGGCCAUCCCACUCGCUCCCGAACUUCUCUUCUUCCUCAUGCUGACUAUGGCUAAUAUUCGGGCAGGCAUCACCAUGACCACGAACCGGCUUCAAGACCGCGAGAAACUACCAGCGCCUUACGGCACCGAUAGGCUCCCAGAGCACGAGGUGAGGAGGGAGGGAAGGUCAGUGACCUUUUAUUCUGACGGGUCGUACACACCCGCAAAUGGCUUGCUUGCCGCUGCCAUAGCAUUUCAAGAUCCCAGAGGCGGCUGGCAGACCCGGGCAGCACCACUGGGGAGGAACGUCGGAGACCAGCAUGACGCGGAGUUGUUCGGCGUCUGUCUGGCUUUGAGAACCGCCGUGGAAAGAAAGAGAGCAGGUGAUGAUUUCAGGAACAUCACCAUUUACACUGACUCGAAGAAAGCCGUCGAGAUGUUGAUGCCGAAGCUGCACGACGACAAGGAUUUCCCCAUCAUCUUGGGGCCAGUGCCGGCCGAGGGAAAGUGGACUUUCGAAGAGAUUCUAGAUCUUGCCGAUGAACUGGCACAAGACAGCUACAUCCACGUCAGAUGGAUAAAAGGCCACAACGGUAUAAUAGGGAAUGCCGUGGCAGAUACAGCAGCAAAGACUGCUAACAAGAAACAGAACGCAUCCGCCGCCACCUCCUAUCCUCUCCUAAUACCCGAGCAGUACAUGGGGCAUGGGCCCCUUGUUACCCUGGAGUACGCAUACCGCGCGGGCAUACGCCCACUACCUGCUUUGCCGGAGGGGACCACGGAGAACCAGGAAAGGGAUGACGAGAUUGAUGCGUUUCUGAAGAGCUUGUAGCUAGCUCGGAGAGUUGAGGGUGGUGUACGCUCUCAUU